AAAAUCUAUUAUUAUCCAAAUCAAAUCUAAAUUGUAUAUCUGGAUAAAUGCAUUUUGUUACUGUCACGAUAAUUAUUUUUAAAUAAUAAAAAUUUAGAAAUAAAAUUUCAGUUAAAAUUUUAGCUUUUUAUUUCAGAAAAUCUAUAAUUAUCUAAAUUAUCUGUAAGUAACAAUUUUAUGCCGCUAUAAAAAGCUUUGUUUUCUUCCAUAUUUCUUCAUUAAAAAAAAAUUCUAAAUAAAUAUGGCUUCUCUAAGAUUUAUUUUAUGUUGUGUCUUAGUAAAUUGUGCAUGUGCCACAAUAGUUUCUCAUGAUGGUCGAGCCAUCACCAUUGAUGGUCAUCGCCGAGUCCUCCUUUCUGGUUCAAUCCAUUACCCUAGAAGCACUCCUGAGGUAUUUAAAAUACCAUACAUCGAACACUAUGAGUCGCUUAUUCUUCUGUGUUUACUACUAAUUAUAUUUGUUUUGUUAAUAUGUUUAGAUGUGGCCAGAUCUUAUAAAAAAGGGUAAGGAAGGUGGUCUUGAUGCGAUCGAAACUUAUGUUUUCUGGAAUGCGCAUGAGCCUACUCGCCGUCAAUAUGAUUUCUCUGGAAAACUAGAUCUUAUUCGAUUCCUAAAAACCAUUCAAGAUGAAGGACUGUAUGGUGUUCUUCGCAUAGGACCAUAUGCAUGUGCCGAGUGGAAUUACGGAUAAUAUAAUAAAACAGAUUUAACUAGUCUCUUUAACUGCAGUAUAUAUAUCAGUUUAAUUAGUCUUCAUAAUUAACAUCUUGUGUAGUGAUACAACUAUUUCCCAUAUAUUGUUUAGAUCGGUAAAUGGUCCACUGGAUUGAUUUUAUUAAUCAAUAUACCAAAACUUAUAUAUCGUAAAUGUCCUCAUCUAGUCUCUUUAAAUUAUAUAUAUAUAUAUAUAUAUAUAUAAUAAAUUAUCAUAAUGAGUUAGCCUCUUGUAUUAUGAUAUUAUGAUUUCCCUUGUAAUAUUUUUAAUUUGUGAGUUAUCUAAUCAUUUUUAAAUAGAGGAUUCCCUGUGUGGCUGCACAACAUGCCCGGAAUGGUGUUCAGAACUACAAACAAAGCAUAUAUGGUAAUUUUACCGAUCAGAAAUAUUCUUUUUUUUUAUCAAAUAUGUAUUCUUCUUAAUUAAAUUUUAUAUGGAUCAUUUAUCUAUAGGAUGAGAUGCAAAACUUCACAACUAUGAUAGUAGACAUGGUCAAAAAAGAAAAGUUGUUUGCAUCACAAGGAGGUCCAAUUAUCCUUGCUCAGGUGAUCGAUCUAUGUCCGAAAUACAUUAUCCCGUCUGGUAAUGUUAUAUAAAGUUCUUAACAUAAUUGUUUUUAUUUUUUUUUACUAAUCAUACAGAUUGAAAAUGAGUACGGAAAUAUAAUGGGACCCUAUGGAGAAGCGGGUAAAUCAUACAUUAAGUGGUGUGCAAACAUGGCUCAGGCUCUCGAUGUUGGUGUUCCAUGGAUAAUGUGUCAACAAAAUGAUGCCCCUCAGCCUAUGGUAACAAGAUCAGCCUAGUUAUAAUGAAUAUUUAUUUUAAGAUAUUCAAAGGUUAACCAUUUUAAAUCGUUUUUUUUAUAGUUGAACACAUGUAAUGGCUUUUAUUGUGAUAAUUUUACACCAAACAAUCCCAACACUCCAAAAAUGUGGACUGAGAAUUGGACCGGAUGGUUAGUUUUAUUUUCAGUAUGAUUAAAUAUUUUUCUUGCUUUUAAAAUAUUUUAUCAUAUAUAAAUAUUGUGUGUCAUAUAUUUGUUUAGGUUUAAGCAAUGGGGUGGUAAAAAUCCUCAUAGAACAACUGAAGAUGUUGCAUUUUCUGUUGCAAGAUUCUUCCAAAGAGGAGGAACUUUUAAUAAUUAUUACAUGGUAAAAUAUAAUAAUUAAAAAAUAAUUUAUUUAAUUACGUAAGAACACAAAAUAGUCAUUAAUUAGAAUAAUAAAUUGAAAUACUUUUACUUUUAUAGUACCAUGGAGGCACCAACUUUGAUAGAACCGCAGGUGGUCCAUACAUCACAACUUCAUAUGAUUAUGAUGCUCCCCUAGACGAAUAUGGUAAAUUUAAAUUAUAGUCAUAUUUUAAUCUAUUUUUGAAGUUUCUAUUUUUUUAACAUGGGAUUCUACUAGGUAAUUUGAACCAACCAAAAUACGGUCAUUUGAAACAACUUCAUGAUGUUCUUCAUUCUAUGGAGAAAACUCUCACAUACGGAAACAUCUCCACCAUUGACUUUGGAAACUCCGCAUCGGCAACAAUUUAUACAACCCAAGAAGGAUCUAGCUGCUUUUUUGGAAACGGAAAUGAAAAUUCAGAUGCAGCAAUUAGUUUCAGAGGAGAAUCUUAUGUUGUCCCAGCUUGGUCUGUUACCAUUUUACCGGAUUGCAAAACAGAGGCUUAUAACACCGCCAAGAUUACCACUCAGACUUCAAUGAUGGUUAAGAAAUCAAAUGAAGCUGAAGAGGACCCUUCAACUCUAAAAUGGUCAUGGAGACCAGAGAACAUGGACAAUUUCCUUUUGAGAGGAAAAGGAGAAUCUACAAACACACAACUCUUUGAUCAGAAAGUAGUAAGCAAUGACCAAAGUGAUUAUCUAUGGUAUAUGACUACCGUUAAGUUUAGAAAACGAGAUCCAUUUUUGGGUAAAAACAUGUCUCUCCGCGUCAAUAGUACUGCUCAUGUCCUUCGUGUUUUUGUCAAUGGAAAACAUAUUGGUAGUCAACACGCUGAAAAUGGAAAAUUUCACUAUAUUUUUGAGAAAGAUGCAAAGUUUAAGUCCGGCCGUAAUGUCAUUUCUCUCCUUAGCAUAACUGUGGGACUUCAGAACUACGGUGCUUUCUUCGAAAGUGUUCCAGUUGGAAUCACUGGACCGAUUUCAAUUAUUGGAAGAAAUGGUGAUGAAACCAUAGUUAAGGACUUGUCUUCUCAUAAAUGGAGCUAUAAAACCGGUUUAAAUGGGUUUGAGAACAAACUCUUUAAAACGGAAUCACCGUCUAAAUGGUCAUUCCAAAGUGUACCAUUGAACCGAACCAUGACUUGGUAUAAGACUACGUUCAAGGCUCCAUUGGGAAAUGAUCCAGUAGUUGUCGAUCUUUUGGGACUUGGAAAAGGUACAGCUUGGGUCAAUGGAAACAACAUUGGACGCUAUUGGCCGGCAUUCAUUUCAAGCUCUGAUGGUUGUUCUGAGAAAUGUAACUAUAGAGGGGCUUAUUUUGCGGAAAAGUGUCAGACCAAUUGUGGAGAACCUACACAAAGAUGGUACAUUUUCUACAAAUUAUUAGGUUACAAAUUCAAAUCUUUUAAAUAUAAAACUGAGGAACAUUUAUUGGAUUUUUUUUUCUUGAUUCCUUUCAUGAACAGGUACCAUGUUCCUCGUUCUUUCUUGAUCACAGAAGGAGAUAACACACUAGUUUUGUUUGAGGAGAUGGGAGGAAACCCAUCGCUUGUCAAUUUUCAAACUACUAUAGUGGGAAGUGUAUGUGCCAACGUCUAUGAGAAAAAUGUUAUUGAGCUUUCAUGCGAUAGGAAAACUAUUUCUGCCAUCAAAUUUGCCUCUUUUGGUAACCCAGAUGGAAAUUGUGGAUCUUUCGUAAAGGGAACCUGUGAAGGAAGUAAGAACGCUGUUGAUAUUCUAACAAAAGAAUGUGUCGGAAAAGAGAAGUGUUCCAUUGAUGUCACUGCAGAAAAGUUUGGAGUACCAGAUUGCAGUGGUGCUGCUAGAAGGCUCGCUAUUGAAGCUAUAUGUUAAGUGUUUUCUAGAUUUAUGGUGUUUUAUGGUAUUUCUAAAUUAUGUAGUACUUUUCAUUUUCAAAUAUUUAGUUCAAUUUACUCAUUACUGGUUGUGAACUUAUUCAAUAAAUGUACACAUUAUUCUUUUUCUCUUGGAAAAUCCAUGGUCAUUUCUUCUCAAUAAUGCCCAUUCUCUCUCGAAAAUAAGAUAAUUGUUCUCUUCAGUAUCUAUUGCUUUUCUCUUUUGUUUAUAUUUAUAUCUUUCUUAUCUACUACAUAUAUAUUCUCAAAUGAUUUUAUCUAAUCAUUAAUGAAUUCAAUGACAUUUUUAUUCUCUUGUAUAUCAAAUAUUUUUAAUGAACAUGCUUUUUUUUACCUCAAACGGCCAUUCUAUUACACAAACUUGGGGUGGUAUGGGUAACCAGACCGGAAUAGAACAACCAAUGAAAAGUAACUCCCUAUGGAUGGAUCUAGAAGUCUUAGCUAAAAAAUCUGAAAUUUGAUUACGCGCUCAUGGAACAUGAGUGAUGCAGAAAUCCGGGAAGCAUAUAUGUAGCGUCUCUAUCUUCUCUAAUUCUAUCGCAAAGCUUGGCCAAGGAUGAGGUUCCUCUAACAUUGAAAUCAGCUCCUUACAGUCCGUCACGAAGCUCUGGCAUGUUGAGUGUUGGAGCAUAUUCUCCAUUGCCCACCGCAGUGCUUCUACUUCCGAAUGCAAGGCUGAUUUCACGUCUAGUAAGAUUUCUUAUCCCUAUGAGCUGAGUAUUCCCCUACUGUCCAUCCAAACCCAUCCACAUCCACUUAAAUUGGCAGAUGCUGUCCAAGAUUCAGCUAACAAGCAUAUAUUACCCAAGCUUAUGACUUGGGGGCUGACCACAUUGUUCUCUUGUACCACUGGUUGUACCACUUCGUUCGCAUCAAACCAGGCCUGACAUUCACUCUUGGCAUAUCGAACCAACUCUAAAGGAUCUCUAUCUAUCCCCCUAAACAGUUUAUCAUUCCUAGCCUUCCGGAUAUACCAAAUUAUCCAGGGAAAAGGGUCCAUGUCUUGUUCCGACUCGAUAAUAGAGUUUUUCCUCCAGAAUAGGUAGUCCAUAUUUGUGUAGACACUUGAUACUGGAAAUACCUAUGGGCUUGUUGGAGUUGCUGAUAAGGUCCAAGCCUGUAGCGCUGGCGGGCAUUCAAAGAUGGCAUGUGUUACAGAUUCUUUUAAUUCUCCACAUCUUGGGCAAUAGUUAUCACAUCUCAUAUUGCGUCUUGCUAAAUUCCUUGUUACUGCCACAUGCCCAGUUAACAACUGCCAUAUAAGAUGACAUAUCUUCGUAGGUGCCUUCAGCUUCCAAGCAAAGGCUUGAAGCUUGGUGAUACUCGGUUCCAAGAUUUUCUACUCUUCUCCCGUCUUUAAUAAAUUAUGGACCACCCAAUAUCCAGAUUUAACCGUGUAUUGGCCAUUUCUUGUGUAGCUCUAGCAAAAAGUAUCACGACGAUGAGAUGAGUUUAUGGCCAAACUUCUUAUGAGCGGUAUGUCAUCAAGAUUGACGUAGUUCUCCAAUAGUCCAACAUCUCAAUCCUUUGCUGUCUGAUUAAUGAGAUCACUGACUCUCAUAUUGGGAUGCAUAACUGGUGUAACAGGGAUAGCCGGCCUCGAUGGGACCGUUAGGAUCCAUGGAUCCUCCCACACCUUAACAUGUUUAAUGAACAUGUUUAGAAUUAUUUCUGAUGUAAGAACAUGGAGAAACACAUUCUUCUAAGUCAAUGUAUUCUAUGUCUUUAUAUCACAUUUCUCUAACUUAGACUUUUGGUUUUGAUCUUUAUCUUUGAAACUCUUAUGCAUAUUGUAUUAUAUUCUCCUUGCUACAGAUAUUACUGGAAAUUCAAUAAAAUUUUAAGCGCGUAAAAUAAAAAAUUUCAUCACGAAGACAACAUAUUUCAUAAAAAAAUCAUUUUAUAUUAUUUCUAGAUCCUUUAAAUAUUUAAAGUCAUGCAACGACUUCUUAGAAAAACAUUUAUGCCCUUUAAAUUAUGAAUUUAAGUGUAUUAUAUCAUACACUUUAGAUCUACAAAGCUCUUUAGUUAUAUAAGAUUCUAUAUAUAUAAGUUUUUCCGCCUGUCACAUACUAAUAAAUUUAUAUUUUGUUUCAUAGUCAGUAUAUGAAUAUAUACUAUGUUUCCUUGAGGAUUAAGUAACAAAAUACAUACAUCUUUUGAGAUGUUUAGAUUUGAAAUGACCUCUAUGAAAGCAUAGUUCCCAAGUAUCACUAAAUGACAUUGGGCAUGUUUAUUUGCUCAUCUAUCAAUUCCAUCUAUAUAGUUUAUUCAGUUAUUUCAGUCAAAUGAUUCAUCUUAAUGUUGUUUUUUAUAUUCAAAUUUUCAGUUGGAUAGAGCAUCUGAAAAGAAAUGGUUUGCUUCCUUAUUUGUUGUUAAUUUCCAUCUCUAUAUAUAGAAGUUUCAACUAGAAAAUUAACUAUAAUCCUCAUACUUUGAUCUAAAUAUAUUUAGAACUUGAUUUUGCAAUUUUGAAGAAAAAAUCAAAUUUUAUGGUUUUCAUGGUUAAUCAUUAUUUCUUUUGGCGGUUUCUUGGGAAAAUGUGAUUUUAAGGUUUUUACGGAAAUGAUAUUUUGUAGUUUUUCCAGAAAAAAUGUAAUUUUUCAGUUUGGAGGGAUGGGUGGGUGGGAAAAUAUAAUUUGCGGUUUUGACAGGAAAGUUAUUUAUUUCUUUUUUAGCAGGAAAUAUGAUUUUACGAGUUUGACGGGAAAAUAUGUGUGGGAACAAAAAUUCGCACUAUCGAAUUCGUAUGGGGAGAAAGCGUAGCUUUUACGCCUUCUCUGAGCAUCCGGGUCUCUUUGAAUACAACGACAAGUGAUCAAGCAAUAUUCGAAAAAGAGAAGGAAAAUAGUAACGAAAUUGAGAGCAAGAGAUUAAUAUGCUUAAGAUCCAGGUCUUCUCUGAGGAUCCGGGUCUCUUCGAAUACAUCGUAAGAGGGUCUGCGAUGUUACAACAGAUUGUAAAAGUCGUGGCAGCAAGACCUGUGAGCGAGUUCUCUAGUUCUGACCACCUAAACCUUAACCCUAGUUGAGUAGCAGCUCGGUAACUUAAACGAAAAUAAGCCUAAAAUUCUUUAAAUUGUAUAUCGGUGUCCGGAGAACUUAUACUAAUUGCAUAGCACCUUAAAGCUUCACAGUUGACAAAGUACCCAAUAUGUUUGAUAAUUAUAGUACCUUAAGUUCUGAUUCCCAGAAAACAAUUUAGAGAGACUAAGUGGUUUAUUUCUUUUAGAUUUUUCUUUUGUGGAUUUUAAAAUUUCAUGCUAACAACCAUUGUUCAUUCAAAGAUGUAAAAAAAAUUCAUUGUUUUGUUGGUUUUAAAUUUUAGAUUACCACUCAGACUUCAAUGAUGGUUAAGAAAUCAAAUGAAGCUGAAGAGGACCCUUCAACUCUAAAAUGGUCAUGGAGACCAGAGAACAUGGACAAUUUCCUUUUGAGAGGAAAAGGCGAAUCUACAAA